GACCCACGUACCUCACGGAUCUGUGUUUCUUCACGGAGCAGUGUCGAAGGGUAGACCCGUCCAGCACCUGUAACCUGACCCGCCUCGAAACCUGGAGGUGCCUCUGUCCCCCCGGGACUUUCAUUGCUCUCAAUAUGACCACCUGUGUCAAGUUGCCGACUAGCGUCGGCGACCACUGUGCUCGCCACGAACACUGCAAACCAGUCAGCGUGAACAGUGAGUGCCACAACAACACUUGCACAUGCUCCGAGGGAUAUUUUGCGGACAGCAACAAAACAACCUGUCACCGGGAUCCACAGAAAUUCGGAGACUUCUGCCAGGAGGACCAGCACUGUAACAAAACCUUGGUCAAAUCAAAGUGUGAGCUGGAGAACAACACGUGCGUCUGUGAGUACGGAUACACCCAGAACACGGCUGUGUCUUGCGUGGAGAGAGACAUAUUACCUCAGUACACGCCCAUUGAAGCGCCGAACCCGCCCAGUUGUAGCAGCAGCAGCUGUAACUGGACCAACAGCCGCUGUGUCAAACUGUUAGCUAUGGAGAUGUGUCGGUGCCAGUACCGGCACGCGCUGCAGUUUAACAGUUCACGCUGUGUUCCCAUCCAGACGUACCAGCUUUAUCUGUCGUUGACCACAGAAGCCGGCAAGUACGAUUACCAACCCUUGAUGUUCAAGAAAGAAUAUCUGAGCCCUAAGUUGCCCAUCUUCGAAGAAUUAGCUAAUAGGAUCACCAUGAACGGGCUGAUGAAGAUGUUUAACGAAACCUGGUCAACAUCGCCUUUGAAAGACCGCUAUGUUGCCAGCGAGGUCAUGCGUUUUCAGAACCUGGAUGUAGCCAACCGAGCAACCAAUCAAGGGGUGAAAGCCACAGUGCUGCUACACUUGACUGCUUAUUACCUGAAUGCAACACCCGUUGAGGAAAUCUACGACUUCUUUGAAGAAAAUCUCAACAGCUCUGAUGGCCUCCUGGGAAGAAGUGCACUCAAAGUGGCAACACCUUUCAGUCAGGCUGUUGUGUUCAGUGAUUUCAACGAAUGUGAGCACGCGGACUGGAACGACUGCCAUAAUCUUGCCAUGUGCAUCAACACACUCGGCAGUUUUAUGUGUGUCUGCCGCUACAAGUACAUCGACAAGUCCGAGGAUAAGAGAAACCGACCGGGGCGCAAGUGCGAGGUUCCGCCAAAAGAGGAUACAAAUAGUGAUCUAUGCUCCUCCGGCGACUGCAAGACCAGAUGGGAUUUUGUUGGAAUGGCUGUAACGCUCUUCCUCCUGAUCGUCAUGGCCUUCAUCACGUAUGAAAUUAUCCAGCGGAAAAAGAGCUUCACUGCGAG